AUGUCGUCUGCAGACGUCCUCAAUAAGGCUGAGAUAGUUACUUGUAAAAUUGAAUGGAAAUUAAACGAUUUACAUACAUAUAGAGAGUAUUCGCCAAACGAAAAGUGCUUCUCGAGUAAGAAGUUUUACCAUCCACAAUAUCGUUCAGCUGCGUGGGAGUUGCGAGUUUAUUUAUACUACUCUAAUAAUUAUGCUACAAUUGUACAAGUGAAGCAAGCGCUGAAAGUAAAAUUUGAGUUAUAUGCUUUGGAUGCUAGAGGAGAACGUGUCGAUAUUUGUCCAGUUAUGUCACACGAUUUUAUUCGCUACAAAGAAACUUGGAGACAUAAAAUUGAUAUGGAAAGAUUGACACAUACAGAUGGUAAUUCAUUUCUAAGGACAACCAAAAUUUUAAUAAACUUUUUAGGCUCUGUGUUGCUUGUUUGUGAAAUUCGAUUUUUGCCUCAAAAUUUGAAACGCAGUCGAAAGUUGAAAUGUGCAUUUAAUGAUAUUGGCAAUUUUUCGUCAACUAAUUUUAAAGAAUUAAUGAGUAACAUGUUUGAACAGGAAACACUUACUGAUUGUGUUGUUAACAUUGAGAAUCAGAAAAUAAACGCUCAUCGUUGUAUUUUGGCGCAGAAUAGUGAAGUAUUCUUAAGAAUGUUUGAACAAGAUGGGAUGCUCGAGGCGCAAAAUGGUGAAAUCAAUAUUGUUGAUUCUUCUUAUGAAUGCUUUCUUUCAAUGAUUAAAUAUUUCUACAGUGGUGAUGUUGAUAAAGAUGCUAAGAACUUCGGGAAACGCUUCCUUUAUGCUGGAGUACACGGUCUUCCUAUGGUUGAAAGGGCUUGUGUUGAUUUCAUUUCUGCUAAUCGAAAGAAAUUUUUGGCUAGUAAUGAGUGGAAGGAAUUUGAAGCUGAAUAUAAAGAAAUGGCAGAUCACUUGUUAAUUUGUGUUGCUUAUGAUGGAAAUAUCGCUUAA